CCCGCCGCCGCCAUGAGUUCGGGGACGCCCUACAUCGGCAGCAAGAUCAGCCUCAUCUCCAAGGCGCAGAUCCGCUACGAGGGCAUCCUCUACACCAUCGACACCGACAACUCCACCGUGGCGCUCGCCAAGGUGCGCUCCUUCGGAACUGAAGAUCGCCCCACGGAUCGUCCUGCCCCCCCAAGGGAGGAAGUUUACGAAUACAUCAUCUUCCGCGGCAGUGACAUCAAGGAUAUCACUGUAUGUGAGCCUCCGAAGGCGCAGCAUAAUCUGCCUCAGGAUCCUGCUAUUGUCCAAUCUUCCUUGAGCUCUGCCUCAGCAUCCUCCUUCCAGCCGCACGUGCCUUACAGUCCCUUCCGAGGCAUGCCUCCCUACAGCCAGCUUGCCGCCAGCUCUUUAAUCAGCCAGCAGUAUGCAGCUUCCCUCGGUCUAGAGAAAUUGGUAAGCCCUCCAGCGUCAGCGGCCGCUUCCAGCCCUAGCACUUCCUCGUCUCCUCAGCCAGUUUCAGAGCCUGACUUGUCUUCAGAGCCGCACCUGCUGUCUUCUAAGGGCGCUGCUUUUGCAUCUGUUCAUUCAGUGCGUAAAAGUCCAAUGGUGGAACAGGCGGUUCAGACGGGUCCCGUCGACAGCUUGAAUCCCAAAAAAGCUCCUCCGGUCAAAGUCGCCCCGGUCAUCCAGCGCAACACCCGGCCAAUUCCGCAAAGCAGCAAGACGACUGAUACAGUUGAGCCAGCACCUGUGCAAACGCAAGGGCAGGUGAAUGAUGAAAAUAGAAGGCCCCAGAGGAGGCGAUCAGGGAAUAGACGAACCAGGAAUCGUUCCAGGGGGCAAAACCGGCCAGCUGCCGUCAAGGAGAAUACAAUCAAGUUUGAAGGUGACUUUGACUUUGAAAGUGCAAAUGCGCAGUUCAACCGGGAGGAGCUGGAUAAGGAAUUCAAGAAGAAACUUAACUUUAAAGAUGACAAAGUUGAGACAGGAGAAGAGAAGGGUGAACCUACUGUGGCUGCCGAGAAUUGCGAUGGCAACGCAGAUGAAGACCUCCUCGGACCUAACUGCUAUUACGACAAAUCAAAGUCGUUCUUCGACAACAUCUCAUCUGAACUGAAAUCCAGUUCCAGGCGUACAACAUGGGCUGAAGAGCGGAAGCUGAACACAGAGACAUUUGGCGUGUCUGGCCGGUUUCUCCGGGGCCGUAGCUUCCGAGGAGGGUUUCGUGGCGGAAGGGGGUCCGGUGCUGUGAGGCGAACUCCAGCGACGUCCAGAGUGGGGACGGGAAGGGUGUGAACCU